CCUCUCAGGUUAGCAACUUCUCAGUUUCUUGUGCCUUUCCUUUUCUCUUUUUCUCACCUCUACCCAUUUCCCUCCUUCUUCCUUUGAUUCCUCUUCAGCUUUCAGAUAUCUCUGUUUUGUAUUUAAAUUCCUUGAGGAACAAAAACCAGUCUUUUGAGAAAUGGAGAAUUUUGUUGGGCUUUGUAAGGGAGAUGAUCAGAUGGAUUUACCACCUGGGUUUCGAUUCCACCCAACUGAUGAAGAGCUUAUAACUCACUAUCUGUCCAAAAAGGUUAUUGAUAGCAACUUCUGUGCUAGAGCAAUUGGAGAUGUGGAUUUGAAUAAGUGUGAGCCUUGGGAAUUGCCAAAGAAAGCGAAAAUGGGAGAGAAGGAGUGGUACUUCUUCUGUGUUAGGGACAGAAAAUACCCAACUGGUUUGAGGACAAACAGGGCUACUGAAGCUGGUUACUGGAAGGCCACUGGUAAAGACAAGGAGAUCUUCAGAAGGAAAAUACUGGUUGGAAUGAAGAAAACUCUGGUUUUCUACAGAGGAAGAGCUCCAAAAGGAGAAAAGACCAACUGGGUCAUGCACGAGUAUAGGUUGGAGGGGAAAUACUCUCUCUGCAAUCUCCCCAAAACAGCCAAGAACGAGUGGGUGAUUUGCAGGAUAUUUCAGAAGAGUUCUGGUGGGAAGAAAACACUUGUUUCAGGACUGGUGAGACUGAGCUCAUUUGGGGAUGAAUUGGGUCCAUCCCUUUUGCCUCCAUUAAUGGAUUCUUCUUCCUACAAUAGCAAGAUCAAAAUCAAUCCAGCUGAGACAACUCACGUGACCUGCUUCUCCAACCCAAUGGAGGUCCAGAAAAACCAGGAAGAGAUGGCUGAUUACUUCAAUUCUCCUCUUUUUGCUGCUUCUGCUAACCCUUCUGAUAUGAACUCUGCUUCAUUGCUUUUCUCAAAAUUUGGUCUUCCAAACUCAUUUUACUCCACUCAAGGCACUCCAAACCUUGGCAAUUUGCAAUACCCAGGUUCCCUUUUCAUGCCAGACCAGGCUAUCUUGAAGGCUUUGCUUGGGAAUCAUGGAGCAAACAUGAGACAGAGUUGCAAACCAGAAAGGGAGAUGGUCAGCAUCUCACAAGAAACAGGGCUGAGCACUGAUAUGAACACUGAAAUCUCUUCUGUUGUCUCCAAUCAUGAUAUGGGUAGGAGGUCUUUUGAAGAUCAAGAUGAUCCAUCAACCUCAGGUGGCCCAGUAGACCUUGAUUGUCUUUGGAAUUAUUGAAAUGAUAGAAGAAGAAGAAGUGAGAGGAGAAGCUGAAUAGGUAGAUAGGAAGCAAGAAGAAGAUGAAGAAGAUGAAUUGCAGUCACUAUUAUUUGUCUUGUCUAAAAUUGAUAGUGUGUAUAGAUUUCUGAAUCUAAAUAACAUGUAAGAAGGAAAAUGAGGGUUAUGGCCAUUGUAUAAUAUGAAAUCAAACUCAAAAUUUUCCC